AUGAGAUCUAAAUUUGUUCAUGCCUCAACUAUUGCUAGUUACUUGGUGAUUUAUGCUGCUUCAGGAAUGCAGUAAGGCUCAGGAAUGAGUAAAAUUGAUUAGGCAUUACAGGUUUUCGAUCUAUCUUACGAUGAUAUUGUGAUUGAGGAAGGAGAAAACUGGGUAGAAAAGUACUAUAUUAAACAAAUUAAAAAAUGUGAUCUGCAGAUGCCAGAUGGGUAUAAGGCAGAUAUGAGAUCUUUGGCUAGAGACUCUCCACCAGAUUACAGUUGGAUGGAUGCUUAAGGCUACAAGUAUUACUUUAAUGUUUGCAGAAAUACAAUAAUGACUUGUGGUGGUAGAGACGAUGGUGUAGCAAUUCAAUAUGCUCCAAAUGGAAAGUGCACUGCUCUUCUUGGUAAAAUCCCUAUGUACGGAGAAUACUUAGAUUAAAAAGAUAGACAUAAGGGCUUUGCAGUCAUAUAUGGUGGAGGAGAUUUCUGUGAAGAAGGCUGGAUGGAAAGGAAAACCCGCUUUGAGUUUCACUGUGAUCCCACAAUUGACUUUGAGGUGAGGUACAUGGAUAAGAGUAAGGCUUGCAUGUUUACUUUCGAGAUUAAUACAAAGAAAGCUUGUGACUAUAUUGCUCCAAGCGGGUAAGUAGUUAGUGGUGCUAGAGGCUUUAUGCAUAAAUUAGUGGAUUUUUACUAUGGAAUUAUUCUAUUCGUGGUAUCAAUCAUCUACUAUCUCUUAGUGCUCUUCGUCAUUUUUUGCAUCUAUAAAGUAAUCACUAUGCAGCUAGGAGGUCAACAGCAGAAUAGCUUUACCAAGAGCAUUCCUUAUAAGGACAGAGCACUUUAUUACUAUCAAAGAUUCAAGGCUUAUCUGUUUGGAGGAUGA